UCGAGCUGCUGCCAUGAUUUGCUGAGCAAUUCGAUACUUGCUUCAAGGAUGUGUGUGUGUGUGUGUGUGUGUAUGUGUGCGUGUGUGUUUGAGACAGUUGUAGUGAGUGAGUAAGCGAGCGAGAGAGGGAGAAAGUUGGAGAGGGAGUACUGUCUCUCUUGUUCGCACUCAGUCGGAAUAUCAGAUUUACUUGCGUCCGUAUGAGCUCGCACUUCUGCUACAGCGUUCCCAACCUACUUCAUAGUUUAGACCUGCGGACCGACGGGCAGAAAAUAGUUUGACGUUUCUUUGUUCUUUUUAAUCAAUUUUCACCGUACUUUAACGCCCGUGUCUAAUGGAGGGCCCUGUACGGAUUUGCAGCUAUAAGAAUGCGUUUUCCAUCUAGUUCAUCCGGCUGGCCGAAGCUCGUACCCUCCUGUGAGAGAGGUGUCUGGGUGGAGGGGGUGCGUGCAGGGCCCUGGGACAGCCAGCGGGGGUGAGGGUGCACAAUGGACACCGGCCUGAGGGUAUUGCCCACCAUCCUGUGUCUCUGCCAGGCCUUGCUCAUCAGCUGCUCAUAUGCGUCCCUGUCCUUCCUUUCGGAGCCCCUCUCUGCCGUACAGAGGCAGGGGGGCACGGUCCACCUGCGCUGUUCCCUGCGCCCGCCCUCCUCAGCGCGGCUGUCCUGGCGCUUCAGGGGCCUGCCGCUGGACACUGCAGCAAUGCCCGGCGUUCGGCUGAGGCCUGGCUCGCUCACCCUCCCUUCCCUUCAGCCUGAACAGACAGGGGUAUACCAGUGCGUGGCACACUCGGACACCGGCGCCAUCGCCAGCCGCCUCGUGAGGGUCACCGUCGCAGAUAUUGCAGAGUUUGCUGAAUCACACCGACGCUCGAUGACUGUGGAGGAAGGCAGUACCGCACUGAUCCAGUGCCAGCUGCCCCACAGUAACCCCCCUGCCUUGCCUCGGCUGCGGGUACGAGGGGAGUGGCUGGAGCAAUCUACAGGCGAAUAUUUAAUUCUUCCAUCUGGAAACCUUCAGAUUGCGUCCGUUUCCCCCAAGCACCAGGGGAUGUAUAAAUGUGGAGCCUAUAACCCCAUCACCCGAGAGACACGGGUAGAGGCCCAUGGAACAAAACUUACCAUCAAACCCUCCCCCUCUGCAGACUCAGAUGGUCCCUCCCCAGUGCGGAUUCUGUAUCCCGUCACCCCACAGACCCUUAACGUGAUUCAGUCCAAGUCCAUCACCUUGGAGUGUGUCCUAUCAGGAAGUCCCUCGCCUACUGCUCACUGGAACAAAAAUGGAGAGAAAGUGGUGGGAGGGUUAAAUCAUAGACUGUUACACAAUAACCUCGUACUGACUGAUGUGCGCAAAAGUGACAGAGGGAUCUACCAGUGUUCAGCCCAGACAGAGACAGGGGACCUGGUCAGUGCAAACUACACUGUGAAUGUGCUUGAGCCUGCCUCAGUAACGCGUGGACUGAAGGAUCAGGUCGUGUCCUCAGGCUCCUCGGUCCGCUUCACCUGCAUAGCAGAUGGAAACCCCGCCCCCAACAUCACCUGGCUUUUCAACUCAGCCCUGAUCACCCCUUCGCCCCGCCUCCAGAUAUCCGGCUCGUCACUCCGCAUUGGCAGAGUAACACUGCAGGAUCAGGGAAUGUAUCAGUGCCUGGCAGACAACGGGAUUGGAUCAGCCCAGUCAGCUGGCAUGCUGACGAUCCAGUCAGGUGUGAACUCCAUGCCAGUCAUCCAGUCAGCACCUGUAAGUGGAACGUACCAGGAAGGCGAUGCUGUGACUUUAUCCUGCAAUGCAAGUGGUCAACCUCUGCCUGUCAUCCGUUGGUACAAUACUGCCGGCCCAAUCGCCACCCAUCCCGCUCACCUCCUCCAGCCUCAGCAGGCCGCAGCCAGGGCCCCUGGUGACAGCCCUCCCCUUCUCACCAUGUCUCGGCCGGGAAGCAGUUCACUCUACAUCCAGGCUGUCACCCUGGCCCAUGCUGGGAAGUACAUCUGCGAGGCCUCCAACGAACAGGGCUCUGUACAGGCCGAGGCUGUUCUCACUGUGGUGCCAGUGGCGAGUACCACAGUGAGUCUGGCUAUGGAUGCUCCAUCUUCAGUGCACCCAAUUCAGAAUGAUGAGGGGGAGGAGCCAUUCACAGACGAGGAGGAGGCGGGAUACAGUCAGGACACACCCGUGGAGAGGACUAGUGACCUGCCCACUCCUGAGGCCCCUAUCAUAACCAGCCCGCCGCAGACACACAAGCCCGAUGUGUACGACUUGGAGUGGAGGGCGGGACGAGACUGGGGCAGCCCCAUCAAUGCCUACUUCGUCAAAUACCGCAAGGUGGACGACGUGGGGAGCGUGGUGGGCGGCUGGCACACGGUUCGAGUUCCGGGCAGUGAGAAGACGUUGCGGCUUUCGGAGCUGGAGCCCUCCAGUCUGUACGAGGUGCUGAUGGUGGCACGCAGCUCUGCGGGGGAAGGCCAGCCUGCCAUGCUCACCUUCCGCACCGGCAAGGAAAGGAGCACCUCCUCCAGUAAGAAUCCCUCCAAGGCCCCUUUUCUGUACCAACCGGAGAAGACGCCGGAACAUGAGAACCCCAACACACACUUUGGGGUGGUCAUCCCUGACAGGGUACCUGAGGCCCCGGACCGGCCCACCAUUUCCAUGGCAACCGAGAGUUCUGUGUACGUGACGUGGAUCCCGCGUGCCAACGGGGGCUCACCUAUCACCGCAUUCCGCGUGGAAUACCGGCGGCAGGGCCGCAGCGCAGAGUGGGCUGUGGCUGCUGACAACAUCUCUCCGCUCAAAUUGUCUGUGGAGGUGCGCGCCCUGGACCCAGGGUCCACAUACCGAUUCCGUGUCGUCGCCGUCAACAUGUAUGGUGAGAGCCCCCACAGCGCCCCCUCCAGGCCGUAUCAGGUGUCUCCGGUUAGCCCUCCCUUCUCCAGCCGCCCGGUGGCCGGCCCCCACAUCUCGUCCACCGAUGCCGUCAGUGACACGCAGAUCAUGCUGCGCUGGACUUACACUCCUUCUAGCAACAACAACACUCCCAUCCAGGGAUUCUACAUCUACUACCGCCCGACUGACAGUGACAACGACAGCGAUUACAAGAGGGACGUUGUAGAAGGCAACAAGCAGUGGCACCUGAUUGGCCAGCUCCAGCCAGAGACCUCCUAUGACAUCAAGAUGCAGUGUUUCAAUGACGGAGGGGAGAGUGAAUACAGCAAUGUCAUGAUCUGUGAGACCAAAGCUCGCCAGGCCCCGGGGGUGCCCCAGGAGAACCCCAUCACUCCCCCCGGGCCCUACCCGCCCGAGCCCCCCUCGCAGCCCGGGGGCCUGCUGUACCUGAUCGUGGGCAGCGUGCUGGGGGUGAUGGUGCUCAUCCUGCUGGUCUUCAUCGCCAUGUGCCUGUGGAGGAACCGGCAGCAGAGCAGCAUGCACAAGUAUGAUCCUCCUGGGUACUUGUACCAGCCUGCGGAAAUGAAUGGCCAUGUACUGGAGUACACCACCCUGCCCGGCACCAGCCGCAUCAACGGAAGCAUCCACACGGGCUACGGGCACAACGGCCCCAUGCCACCCCCGAGCUGCCCCCACCUUCACCACAAGCUGCCCAACGGCCUGGCGCUGCUCAACGGCACGGGGACCCAUUACCCCCCAGCCCACUCCCACUCCCACACCCACGAUGGCCCUCUGCCCCACGGCACUCUGGAGUACGAGCACUCCCACACCCACCACCUUCACAACGGAGGUGGUGUAUACACAGCAUUGCCUCAGUCAGAUUCCUCUGACUGCAUGAGCUGCCAGAAUUUCUGCAACAACAACAGGUGUUACACAAAAACCAAUGGCACUUUCUCGAGCAGCUCUAUGCCCAUGAUGCACCGCGUGGCACCCUGCCAACAGGAUGGGCUGGAGAUGGUGCCUCUGGGUCACGUGACGUCACACUGCCACGGCUCAGACGGCCAGUUCCCGGGGGACGAAGGUGGAGAGGUCGGGGAGGAGCCAGAGGACAGGACCCCGUCUCUCUCCCGGCACUCCUGCUGCCGGGAAGGGGAAUACCAGCGCUGCUCCCUAGAAGAAAGAGCAGAGGAGGAGCCGCAGUGUGAGGAGUCCGAGGGGCCGGUGGUGUGCUGGGAGAACCUUGCUCUUCCUGAACUGGACUGUAAUGAGAAGGCCGGCUGGAUAUCCAAUGGCAGCCUAGCAGGGGACCUCAUACAGCCUGCGCUGCAGGAGAUCUAAACGCACACACAAUCACCAGCAUGUGUACACAC